CGUAAUGCAGAGGACUUAAAAUCUGUUGGACAAAAUGAGACCAGUGUCACUCUGCAGUGGAACAAAGUGGACAACAUCCUCACAUAUACACUUGUGACCAGUAGAGGAGAGAUGAACGUCACUGCAUCAGAGGGAGAUCAAGUGAGACACACCAUCUCAGGUCUCAGCAGUGGAACUAAAUAUGAUUUCAGUCUCUUCACUGUGUUUGAAAACGUCAGGAGCAGUGGAGUGAACCUCUCUGCAGUCACUGCUCCUCGUAAUGCAGAGGACUUAAAAUCUGUUGGACAAAAUGAGACCAGUGUCACUCUGCAGUGGAACAAAGUCAACGGCUCCUUCACWUAUACACUUGUGWCCAGUAGAGGAGAGAUGAACGUCACUGCAUCAGAGGGAGAUCAACAAGUGAAACACACCAUCUCAGGUCUCAGCAGUGGAACUAAAUAUGAUUUCAGUCUCUUCACUGUGUUUGAAAAUGUCACGAGCAGUGGAGUGAACCUCUCUGCAGUCACUGCUCCUCGUAAUGCAGAGGACUUAAAAUCUGUUGGACAAAAUGAGACCAGUGUCACUCUGCAGUGGAACAAAGUCAACGGCUCCUUCACUUAUACACUUGUGACCAGUAGAGGAGAGAUGAACGUCACUGCAUCAGAGGGAGAUCAAGUGAAACACACCAUCUCAGGUCUCAGCAGUGGAACUAAAUAUGAUUUCAGUCUCUUCACUGUGUUUGAAAAUGUCACGAGCAGUGGAGUGAACCUCUCUGCAGUCACUGUUCCUCCGGCGGUGUCUCUUGUCCACGUGACUGAACGCUCUGUGACCAGUGUAACUCUGCAGUGGCAGAAUGUGGAGAAAGACUGGAGCUACUCACUUCAGAUUAAUGGAGUUGAUGUGACAGUCGUCCCAGAUUUAUCCCCCAAUGUGUCAAGUUCAGUCACAUCUCUGCAGCCUGGGACAGAGUAUUUAUUCAGCGUGAUCACACAGUUCUCCGGACUCAACAGCACUGCUUAUGAGGGCUUCACAGUAACAGCCAUAGACUGUGCCAGUGUGGCCUGGCACGUUACCAACUCAUCGAUCCAAGGGAUGGUUCAAGGCUUGUUCUCGAAUGCAACUGUGAACGGAACUCACGUCAGUCCUGCAGAUGGCAAUGUGUCGUUUACUGGUCUUUACCCUGGUGCAACCUAUGAGGUGUCUCUUGUGUACGAAAAAAAUUCUACUCGCUUUGAACAAUGUCGCCACAGUCUGACCGUCCUUCCUCCCAGAUUAAGUGCUCACUGUGAGUACUGGGAAGCUGGCUAUUCCAUCUUCAUAGUCUGGGACAAACCAGACGGUGUGUGGACUGCAGUGGAGGUGAACGUGAGCGGCCAAACUCACUUACUGCCUGAAAAUGGGGAACAGCAAACUACGCUAUCUGGAUUCCGUCCUGCCAGAACAUAUGUGGUGUCUUUAGAUUCCCUCUCUGGGACUGUGAGGAGUUAUGAACCUUUCAUUUUUCAGUGUUCUACCGAUCCAAGGGGAGUCAUUGCAUGUUCCUUCUUUGCUGUGCUGCUUCUUAUUGCCCUGGUCUUCAUGGUUAUCUUCAUUUUGUUUAAACGACCAGAUUUGAUCAGAAAACUGCAAUCCUUUGGUGGAUCCAAACUACCCAGGGAAUGCUACAGAACUAUACCUGUAGUAGACUUUCCGGGCCACUUCUACCAGUUAAGUGAAGAUGACAACAGAGGUUUCAGCCAAGAAUAUGAGCACCUCCAGCUUGUCGGCAAAGAACAGACACCUAAAGCAGCUGUUCGACCUGAGAACCAAAAUAAGAAUCGUUUCAAGAACGUGCUGCCAUACAACUGGAGUCGAGUGAAACUAACAUCUUCAAAAUCCAAAGGGACCUCUGACUACAUUAAUGCCAAUUACAUACCAGGAUUCAACUGCAAAAACGAGUACAUCGCCACUCAGGGUCCUUUGCCCUCCACGGUAGAUGAUUUCUGGAGAAUGAUCUGGGAGCUAAAGGUGAAAGGCAUCGUCAUGCUAACCAACUGCGUCGAAGUAGGACGGACCAAGUGUGAACAAUAUUGGCCUGCAGUCAGCAAGCCUUGUCAUUACGGAGAACUCGUGAUCAUCUCCAGAUCUGAGCACCAGGAGCCUCACUGGACAUUGAGGGAAUUUAGUUUGACAAAUAGAAACACGUUGGAGGAGCGCACCGUGAGACAUUUCCACUUCACAGCCUGGCCCGACCACGGAGUACCACAGGGCACUAAAGACCUGAUCCAGUUCAGAGGACUGGUGAGACGGCACAUAGAGAGACAAGGGGCCGGAGCACCAACUGUAGUUCACUGCAGUGCUGGAGUGGGGAGGACAGGCACCCUCAUCGCCCUGGAUGUGUUGCUUCAGCAGCUCGACCAAAAUGAAGCAGUGGGCAUCAACGGUUUUGUUCACAAGAUGAGACUAAGUCGAUCACACAUGGUGCAGACAGAGUCCCAGUACAUAUUCCUGCACCAAUGCAUCAUGGACUGUCUGCAGCAGAAUGAGAGGACAGAAGAAAGCAUAUACGAGAAUUCUGAAAUGAUAUAUGUCAACGCCACUGCACUCAAAGAGUUCCGUGGACAAAGAUAGACUUUUUUGCACUUAGAGAAAAAAAAUUAGUCCUAAAGUUAAUAUACUAUAUUUUGUUAUAAACUGUAAAUGUGGAGUUUUGAGUUAUAAAUGUUCUAUAUAAAUGCAAACCUUGAUCAUUUUUGCUUAAAUUUGCCAAAUAUUGUUAUUGUUGUUAUGUGAGGGAGAAAACCACAACAAU